UGGAAGGCGGAUCGAUCGGAGCGGUGAGCGCGGCGCAUUUGUCUGACAGUCGAAUGAUACACGUGCGUUUGUGGUUGAGCCAAAUAAAGCAAAGUAUUGAAAAACCUUGUGAUUAUUCGUGAAAUUAUUUAAAAUAUCUCAACAUGAGUGUGAAAAUAAAGAUUAAAGAAGUCUAUGAGGUCCAAAACCAGUACAAAGCAUUCUACACGGGCGGUACCGUGCAAUGGUCGUCGGACGGAAACGAAAUGCUGUGCCAAAACGCCGGAGCAAUCAACUUAGUAUCGGUAACGGACGAUGCAGUGGAACCGGUGAUUUUCGGCGACGCAGAUGAAUCGGAUGUGGUGUACACGUUUGCGCUGAGUAACGACAGCCAGCAUGUGGUUUCUGCGCACCGAUCUGGUUUGCUAAAAUUGUGGGACAAAUCUUCUCGGCAGGUGAGCAAGAUUUGGCGCGGGCUCCACCAGGGACCCAUCACAAAGCUGGUGUUUAGCGAAAAUGACGCGUUGAUCGCGAGUGGAGGUACUGAUACGACGGUUCGAGUGUGGGAUCCCAUUCAGCAAGUCUGCCGCGGGACGCUGAGGGGAUGUCUGGGAGUAAUAAAUCUGUUGGUCUUCCACCCGGAUGUGGAAAGUAAAAUACUGCUUGCUGCCGGAGAUGAUGUGAAAAUCAAUGCUUGGGACUAUGAAACACGAGAGCUUGUGAAAACAUUCGCUGGUCACUUUUCAAAGGUUACGGAUAUUUCUUUUACAAGCGACUACAAAUUUUUGGUUUCAUCUGGUCGUGACAAGAUUUUGAUUCUGUGGGACUACGAAACUCAACAAGCAGUGAAAACCGUUCCAGUUUAUGAGAGUUUAGAAAGUGUAAUUGUUCUUCCCAAAGGCGUUCAGCUGCCAGGUUUGAAGAUUAAAACAGGCAAAGUUUAUGCUGCUUGUGCUGGAGAAGAAGGGCUGAUCAAGGUAUGGGAGAUGACCGAGACAAAGAUAGUUUUCAAGCAGAAGAAUAGUUUAGUCACAAAAUCCUCUGAAGAGGGAGGCUUGGCCAUCACGAAUUUACUGUUCAACAAACAAACAUCAAAAUUAGCGAUUAUCAGCGCAGAUCAUAACAUCAUCAUUCACGAUCUUGAAACCUUCGAAUGCUCGAAGCAGUUGUCUGGCUUCAGUGAUGAGAUUUUGGAUCUUAUUUUAUUCGGCAAGAAAGAUCAAUUCCUAGGUAUGGCCACGAAUAGUAGCGAUUUCAAAAUAUAUGACACCACGAACAUGAAGUGCCAACUGGUCAAAGGACAUACCGACAUUGUUUUGUCACUGUCAGCAAACCAAAACUACAUCCUGUCGUCUUCCAAGGACAACUCCAUUCGAUUGUGGCGCUACGACGCGGUUGAAUUCACUGUCCAGUGCAUUGCCAUCGGCCUCAAACAUACAAACGCCGUGGGAAGCAUCGCCUUAAGUAAAAUAUCUGGAAAAUUCUGUGCCAGUGUCAGCCAAGACAAAUGUUUGAAGAUUUGGAAGAUUCCCAAAGAGUUUAAUGAAACGACUGUUGAAAAAGAACUUACCAGAUUGAACUGCACUCUGACGGAAUUAGCACACGAGAAGGACAUUAACUGCGUAAGCAUAUCGCCGAAUGAUCGAUUGAUUGCGACCGGAUCACAAGAUAAGACCGCCAAACUGUGGGACGUAAGUAAUCUUAGUUUAGUUGGAGUCUUUCGAGGUCACCGCAGAGGGAUUUGGGCCGUUCGAUUCUCCCCAGUAGAUCAAAUCUUGCUGACUAACGCUGCUGAUUGUUCCAUAAAACUUUGGUCCCUCACCGAUAUGACGUGUCUGAAAUCAUUGGAAGGCCAUGAAAGUUCCGUACUAAGAGUUGAGUUUUUAUCCCAUGGAAUGCAACUGCUUUCCGCCGGAGCAGAUGGACUUUUGAAACUAUGGUCUAUCAAAACCUCCGAAUGCCUUCAAACAUUGGACAAACACGAGAGCCGAAUCUGGGCGUUGUGCGUUACUCAAGAUGAAUCCGUUUUCUACAGCGGUGGUUCCGAUUCACAGUUGAUUAAAUGGAAGGAUGUUACCGAAGAGAAACGCGAACGAGAAACAAAUGAACGCAAAGAAGUGCUUCUUCAAGAACAAGAACUGAACAACCUUCUGCAGGACAAAAAACUUCUCAAGGCGCUUCGACUGGCGCUAAAUCUUGAUCGGCCUCUAAUGACAUUGAAAAUCAUCACGUCGGUAGUUAAAAGUCAAGAACAAGGCCUCCCAGACACCGUCUACAAGCUCCGAAAUGACCACAAGGAAACACUAUUGAAGCACGCCAUCGAGUGGAACACAAACAGCAGAAACUGUCGUCCCGCCCAGCUGGUACUGAACAUCCUGCUCCAGCAGAUGCUUUCCGGAGAAUUCCAGGUUUCCGAGCUGAACAAACACCUUGAGGCAGCCCUGCCCUACACCGAACGGCACUUCAAACGGAUGACCGAGUAUGCCAAGGACCUCAAGUUUAUCGAGUAUACGCUGCACUGUAUGCAACCGCACGCCGCGGUACGAGAAGCCAAUAAAACGGACAAUGUCUAAUGUGGUUUCCCCGGACCAAUAGCACCCUUCCGUAA